GCUGUGGAGGAGGCAGAAGCACUGCCAGGCACUCCAGCUGCUCACGUCUCGUGGGGGCAUGCAUGCCUUUCCUUCCCGGUGGAAGACCCUUUCCCCUGGGCCAGGGACUGUGCUGGGAGAUCCCCAGCUGAUGGGAACUCGAUCCUCUUGUGCAGAAAAAGGCAGGCUGCUGCUGGAGAAAGGAGCUCCAAAAUGAGGCAGAGCUUUUGGGAGCAGUUCUGUCUGGCCCUCACUCUCCUACCUCUGCACCUGGGGUCUGCAGUGACCGGAGAUCCCUCCCACAGCUGCUAUGGGGCUCCAGGCCUGCCAGGCAUGCCAGGUGUGCCAGGCAAGGAUGGCCGAGAUGGGCUGAAGGGAGCCAAAGGCGAGCCAGGCAUCCCAGCCAUUCCCGCUACACGAGGUCCCAAGGGUAUGAAAGGGGAGCCAGGCAGUCCUGGCCUGCCAGGCAAGACCGGCCCCGUCGGUCCCCCUGGUCCCCCUGGAGACCCCGGGGAGAUGGGCACUGCCGGAGAGCCAGGCAUGCCAGGCAGCUACAAGCAGAAGCACCAGUCGGCAUUUUCAGUGACAAGGCAGACUGCUGAGCACCCCUUAAAGAACAUCCCCGUGGUCUUCAACCACAUCAUCACCAACACCAACAACGACUACAACACCACCACAGGCAAGUUCACCUGCAAGGUCCCUGGCCUCUACUACUUCGUCUUCCACAGCUCACAGACAGCCAACCUCUGCGUCAUGCUAUACAAGAACAUGAGAAAGAUGGCCAGCUUCUGUGACCACAAGACCAACACCAUGCAGGUCAGCUCAGGUGGUAUCCUCCUCCACCUGGAGGCUGGGAACGAGGUCUGGCUGGAGGUGAAUGACUACAAUGGCAUGGUGGGCAUCGGUGGCUCCGACAGCAUCUUCUCGGGGUUCCUGCUCUUCCCAGAAUAGGGGAGCACCUGAGCUCAGCCCAGCACACCAAGCCCUUUGCCCUGCCCUGCAAAUUCUGUUGCUCGCUGCCAGGCCAUUGCUCAUGUCCCAGGUUUCUCUGCUGGGUGGGAAGCUCCAGCAAGCGAGUCCGCCCCAGCCACAAUCCCCUGGCUUGGGGAUUGCGUGCAGACAGUCACUGAACAAGGGGGCCAGGCACAUCCAGCUGGAUCUGUGCCUGCAGUGACAGCACCGAGCCCCUGGAGUCCUGUUGGCACUGCCUUGUGCAGCAAAACAUUUCCACCUCCCAAGCACUGCCCUGAUAACACCCCGUUACCUUGUGCUGCUGGAGCCAGGGCUCAAGAGUCUUUCUGUGUCUCUCCCCUUCCCACACUGGAUGCACCGGGGACAGUCAGGGGUCCUGGAGCAGGUUGCAAGCAACAGCUUUGCCAUGAGCUGGUUGUGGAAAGUGUCAAUAAAUCCUUC